AUGCACGUGAUCGUUUUGAAGUACGUGCAAGUCCUGUGCAUUACCAUCUUCUUCUCGAACAACAUCAACUGCGACAAGCUGCUGCUCCACAAUGAGCAGGAGGACCAAGAGCUGUACCGGAUCGGUGCGUGUACGGCCGCGUGUAUGGCCGGUACGUACAGGACGGAACAGAAUGAAACGCUACCGCCCGACAUGGAGCAACUCAAGACCAUCGGCCAUUGCUAUAAGCUCUGCUCGGAAGACACACGCCCCCUGUCCGCCUGGAAACCGCUGGUGCAGCGCCAGGACCCAUCGUUACGCAUUAAUCUCAUCUGCCGCGACAGCACCAACCUGAUCAUCGAGAUCAAACCGAAACGCAACGGUGGUGAUGAUGAUGAUGCCCGUGCUAUGAUGAACCUUAGCUCACCCGAGGGAAAUCAGAACCAAUUAAGUGCACUUCUCGAUGCGGCUGUCGAAUCCUCCGAAUCGGUAUCGUCCCGUAACAGACGAGCUAUCGGGGCCGAUGGACCACUGCCCGCCGGAUUACUAACCGAACGUCAAAAAGCUUCCGCCACUUCGCGGGCAAACCUGCUGCAGGAACCGGGCGCUUCGGGCGAGCGGUUCGCGAAAAUCGAUGCGUCCUCGCUGAAUACGGCUGGAGGGCCAUCUGCCGACGUUCCCGAUGUCGCGGUCAAGGUUCAGAAGGAUCGCGGGAAUUACGCGCGAGCGUUACCGACAUCGCAGCGUGUGCGCCCGGUGCCCAUCUAUCUGGUGAAGGUGCAGGAGAGCGAGCAGGAACUCGGGGACCGGAUCGUCUAUAUGAGUAAUGCAUCUUUGGUAAAGAUUGAAAAUCUUGCUCCCAACAAGCGGUACAACGUUACGGCGACCAUGCUAACGUCGGAGUACGAGUAUUACUACGUCGAGAAGCAUCAGUUCCGGACCUUACCGUUGGACUACAUGCCGGGUACGAUUACGGAGGUGAAGGUGGAGCGUUUUGAGCCGAAUGUAAAAGACAUCCGUUUGGUCGAUGCCGUCAUUUCGUGGAAUCCAGCAAAAGAUAAAACAUGUCACUAUGAAAUCUUAUGUCACGCCAGUCAUUCGCCAGACUUUCAGCUGAAACCAAUCGACGUCCAACAGCCCGAAGUUCUUUACAAGUACACCAUCAAAUCGUUAAAGCUCAGUGCCAACUACAUGAUUGCGGUCCGAUCAAAGAACACCAAAAAUGCGAUGAAAGAAAGUCAACUGCAUUGGCAACCGUUCCACACGCCCAGCUGUACCAACCUCACGAACGGCACGCAGAUGUGCGCGCCGGAACCGAUUAUGAACGUGCGUGUCACUCAAUUACCGCUGUACAGUGACCACUAUCAGCUGAACAUCAGCUGGGAUCGUCCUGCCAUCGCGCCCGAUUCGUACGUGGUGAAAGUGUACGAUCUGCACGAUCCCGAAACAGAAACACCGGCCAACUCGUUGACCAGAAACAUUACCGGGGAUGCGGUCGGGUUGCUGAUUGAUUCGUUCGAAAUGUUUGGACCACAUUUCGAGGUAUUAAUUUUUGCAUACUCCGUAGUGGGCGUAUCAUCCCAAAGUGCUAUCAAAACGCUUCAAAUAGGACGUGUUAGCUCCGCAGAAUCAUGGAUACGGACCAAGUUGGUUUUCAUCAUUCUGACACCGGUGCUGAUGAUUGGACUGUUGAAAAUUUCCAUUUCACUCAUCUGUCGAAGAAGGGCCAAGCUGAAGCGGUACGAGGAACGGUGCGAAUACUUUAAGGAACUGGAGCAGAAGGCACCAGUUGAUCCGAGCACUGAGUUUGAACCAACGUCAAAGCAGAUGCAGGAUCUGCUCGCUUCCAGCCAUCCAUUCUCGGCGGAUUUGAUAGCGCCCAUUAACGAUGAGCUUGAGAUAGAGGUGGAACACAUCAAACUGCACGACAUGCUGGGUGAGGGUGCAUUCGGGCUGGUUCGCAAGGGUGUACUUCAGCGGGAUGAUAGCGACGGUGCACCACACAAACCGGUGGCGGUAAAGAUGCUGAAAGAAUGUCCCCGUGUGGAGGAUAUUAUCGAGUUUCGGCGGGAAAUGGAGGUAAUGAAGUCGGUCGGUACCCAUCCACACAUAGUCGGUAUCGUCGGACACUGUACGAAAAAUGUGCGCAAAAUGAUGCUGCUCACGGAGUACUGUGGUCGGGGUAACUUGCUCAACUAUUUGCGCCUCCAGUGGCAACGAUUGUUGAGACAAAACCGCACUGCACUGUCGCUCAACGGCACCACCACCGCAACGCCGUCGAUGGUGCCCGAUUCUUUGGACGGUACGGCCGAACACGAAUGCCUAACACCAUCGCUGGACAACAACAAAAUGCCCGAGAACGUGUUCAACUUCGACACAUCGUUCGUGAACGAUAAGAAAUCCUUCACGUACAAAAACCUCUCCGACCAUCGGCAGACACUGUUGGGUGGGUUUGCCACCAGCGAUGGUGGCCGCCGACAUUCGCCACAAAUUAUCGAAAACAAGCUCUAUCCACUGUUUACCGAGGAUAAUGAAGGUGACGAAACGUCGAAGCUAACGCGCAAAGCGUUCUGCACGAAUGCUUGCAAGAACGCAGUAGAGAUCCUCGACGGGCAGCAACGUGGAGUGAUAGGCAGGGAUUCGAAGAAGGCUUGUGACGGUGUAAAGAGCAACGUGCGAAUUAAUCCUUGCAGUUGCCACAGCUUAACGCUCGAUUCGGCCCUCACGCAUAACACCGUGGAGAAUCGGUGCUACCAAAGUUGCUCCCCGUCGGCGAAGGAUGGUGGAAAGGAAGAUGAUCCGUUGCCAAACAGUGGCCAGCUGUUGGAAUUUUGCCGCCAGAUAGCUCUUGGAAUGGAAUUUCUCGCUCGCAACAAGGUGGUGCAUCGUGAUUUGGCCGCUCGGAACGUGCUGGUGUGUGAUAAUAAUACGGUGAAAAUAGCAGAUUUUGGACUGAGCCGUGACAUCUAUCAGGAAAAUCUGUACCGCAAAACGAGCAAUGGGAAGUUACCGAUCAAGUGGCUCGCACUGGAAUCGAUGACGCAUCAGGUCUACACGUCCCAGAGCGAUGUGUGGUCGUAUGGGAUACUGCUGUACGAAAUAUGCACUCUCGGGGGUAGUCCGUAUCCAUCCAUUUCCACCAACAAGCUGCUACGGUAUCUGGAAAGUGGCUACCGAAUGGAACGACCGAAAAGUUGCAGUGAACUGCUAUACGAUUUAAUGCAUUCCUGCUGGAAUCUACAUCCCGGAGAGCGGCCCACGUUUAGCAAAAUCGUGCAUACGGUCGAGUUGUUACAGCAGAAGGACGCUACCAACGAGCCGGUCAUUAUCGAUCUGAACGCGAUUGCUGAUAGCCAUUGUAUAAAAAAUGCGACAGAAGAAAAUUCAUACUUAAAACCGGUUGAGUAUUAG